AUGUCCUGUGUGGCAGUGUCACUACUUACUAGCUCCCUGUCACUCUGCGUUUCUGCUUCCCGCGACUCAUUGUAUCGCUGCGAUUCUCCCGUGUGGCUCCGUUCUCCGUCGGUUUCUCCUUGCAUCGCCGCCACGCCGCGUCUAGUGGUUCUCACUUCUCAGGCUAAAAAGAAUUAUCAAAUUCACUUGACAGCCACAAUUGAUUGUAUUAUAUUUCUUUUGCGACUAGGAUUGGCCUUUCGUGAUAAUGAUGAAACAGAUGAUUCUGUUAAUCAAGAAAAUUUUUUGGAACUUCUAAACUUUCUUGCACAAUAUAAUGAAGAGAUUGAUCAUGCUUUUAAAAAUGCUCGUGGGAAUCUUAAACUAAGAGCUCCCUCAAUUCAAAAAGAUAUUGUAAGAGCGGCUGCAAGUGAAACGACAAAAGCUAUUGUAAAUGAUCUUGGGGAUGAAUUGUUUGCUGUUUUGGUUGAUGAAGCUCGCGAUAUUUCUAUUAAGGAGCAAAUGUCGAUUUGUUUAAGGUAUGUGAAUAAAGAAGGGCAAGUUAGGGAGCAUUUUCUUGGUCUUGUUCAUAUUUCUAAUACUAAUGCUUUAUCUUUAAAAUUAGCAUUGGAGUCAUUAUUAGAAACAUAUAAUUUAAGUUUAUCAAGAGUAUGUGGCCAAGGAUAUGAUGGUGCAAGUAAUAUGCAAGGAGAAUUUAAUGGUUUGAAAACUUUGAUAUUGGAAGAAAAUUCUUAUGCUUUCUAUGUACAUUGCUUUGCCCACCAACUUCAGUUAGCUUUUGUAACGAUUGCAAAAAAACAAGUUGAAAUUGCUUUGCUUUUUAAUUUGUUAACCAAUUUGUGCAAUGUUGUUGGAGUUUCGUGUAAACGAAGAGAUAUGCUUCGUGAUAGUCAAAUGACUAAGACAAUUGAAGCAUUACAAAGUCGAGAAAUUUCUAGUGGACGUGGUUUGAAUCAAGAAAUAGCUUUAAAAAGAGCUGGAGAUACUAGAUGGGGUUCACACUAUGGAACUAUACUUCGAUUAAUUUCUUUGUUUCCUUCCAUGGUCAAUGUUCUUGAAUAUGUUGAGAAAGAUGAAAAUAAUUCAGAACAAAGAGCUGAAGCAUGUCAUUUAUUGAAUGUCAUUCAAUCUUUUGAAUUCAUUUUCAACUUGCACUUGAUGAAAAACAUCUUGGAAGUUACUAAUGAAUUAUCUCAAGCGUUACAAAGGAAUGAUCAACACAUUGUAAAUGCUAUGGCAUUGGUUAAAGUUUCUAAGCAACGGUUGCAAACUAUAAGAGAUGAUGGUUGGCCUCUUUUACUUGAUGAAGUCUCAUUGUUUUGUGACAAACAUAAUAUUACCAUUCAAAAAAUGGAUGAUAUAUUUAUGUCACAAGGAAGAUCAAGAUGCAAAGCUCAAAAGAUCUCAAAUUUGCAUCAUUUUCAGAUUGAGAUAUUCUAUCAAGUAGUUGAUAGAUAA